AUGGAGUUGCCUCCUUCCGGGACCCGGAAGGUUUCCAUCAGUAACCCUCAAGAGACAUCUGGCAAGGUUUCCAACACCCCGGCCUUGUUUCCCACCCACUCAACUAAGCUCUCUACCGGCCACUCUCUGUUGUCCUCCUUGUCUGAUCGAAGGCCGUCCCUGGUGAGCAGCAAUCGCGGCCCCCGGAUGGUCUCAACCCUGCUGCCCAACUCCAUUCUCCAGAAGGGCUCCCUCGUCCCCACAGAGGCCCUGCAGGAAAAAGGAUCCACCGUCUCUGCAGUCCAUUAUGCCGAUGAAAAAGGCAAGGCACUCUCGGAAAAGGAAAAGGAAAAGGAAAAGGAAAAGGACAAGGACAAGGACAAGGACAAGGACAAGGACAAGGACAGAAUCAAGAGCAAGGGCACAGGCAAUCACCUGCUGAACAUACUUAAAAAAACUCUUCAAGGGUCUCAGAGUGACGAAAUGGUAGUAUCACAGCAAACACCAAAUUUGAUACCAUUUGGCGAUGUGGUUGGCUGCCUGGCUGUUCACGUAAAGAGUUGCAGACAGUUUUCUCACAGGUUCAUUGUACAGCAGCAUGUGAAGUUGUUUAUCUGUAUCUCUGUAAACCACAUUGUCAAGUACACGAAACUUCGUAACUUGAAAGCCGAUAAUAGUGAGAAGAACUAUGUGCUCAGGUUUGAUGAAGUGAAGUAUUUUUCUGUACAGGUUCCCAGACGCCAAGAUGAUGAGCGGAAUAAUAUUUUAUUAGAACUAAUGCAAGACGGAGGGGAUUCAGAAAAGCUUGCUCUUUCUUUAGCCAGUACUGAGUCACAUCUUUAUGAAGUAAUACAGAAAGGCUGCUUUACCGAAGUAUUGCAAAUGAUGCAUAGAAACAGUGUUAUCUGCAGGGUAGAAGUGGAAUUUAUGUUCUCCUAUGGAAACUUUGGUUAUGGAUUUUCACAUCAGUUAAAACCUCUUCAAAAAGUCAUUGAACCAUCUAUGUUUAUGAAUAUUACACCUCCUCCUGAAAGAACAGAUCCCCUCACAAAUGUUAUUACUCCACAACGAAUAGAAUACCCAGCAUUCCUAUCCCCAGAAUUUAAUGUUACCAUCGGGGCUGCUGACACCAACCAGGCAUCUGUGGUGCAACUUGAAAAACUUACUGAGAAGCCCCGGGAAAGGUUGGAAAAAAUGAAACAUGAAUAUAAAAGUCUGCGUACAUGGAUAGAAAAAUCUCAGUAUUUAAAGAACCUUAUUAAUCCAAAAGCAGCAAACAAAGAACCACAGGAAGUACCAGAAUCAAAGACUCACCCAUUGGAAGAAGAGCCUAAGAGUGUGACCUAUGAUACCUAUCACAGAAAAUCUGAACUUUUUCCAAGAGAGCAUGUGGACAGUGGUGAAAAGGAAGGCCUGAUAACAGAAGAGGACAGAAUGCCACGUUAUUCAAGAAUUUAUGAUCAAGAAGACAGGCCAUACGAAGACAGGAAAAAUGUAUUGUUUUCAUCGGAGGAAAACCUAACCCCCAGGUUUCCAAGCGCUUUUAAGUUAGCCUCAUCUCUGCACGAGGUAAAGUUGGGACAUUCACUCGUAAAUCCUGAGAGAAUAAGGAGGAGGAAUAUAGGUUUUCUCUCCAAUACAAUGAGGUAUCAAAGCAAAUAUUUUAACGACGAAAAGGAAGAAGGCUAGUUUGGGUUCCUGAGAUUUGAAAUGGAAAGGUGCCGUAGAUGUGUCUCCCCCACAACAAAGCUUCAGACAGGAAAAAAACAAAAUAUUUUUUAAAUCAAUUAAAUACCAAUAAAUUCAAAUUUUAUUCAAAUAGUUCUAAGUAGAAA